AUGCUCCCGGAUCAAAUCGGCAUUCCGACCGCCCUAAUCCGCGGCGGGUCCAGCAAAGCCCUCUUCUUCAAAGACGAAGACGUGCCGCCACCGGGACCCCUCCGGGAUGCGGUAAUGAAACGAGCAAUGGGUACACCAGACCCCCUCCAAAUCGACGGGCUAGGCGGAACCCGCAUCGUCACGUCCAAAGUCGCCAUAAUCAAGACAUCGGAGCGCGCCGACGCUGACGUUGAUUACACCUACGCGCAAGUUAGCAUUGCCGAGGAUAGUAUUCGCUUCCAUGGGAACUGUGGAAAUAUCAGUUCCGGUGUUGGCUCCUUUGCUAUUGAUGAGGGGUUGAUCAAGACGCCCUUUCGCGAGGGUGUCUCUGUUGAUCCGAGCAUGAAGACGAGGGAGGUGCGCAUUUAUCAGACUGCUAUUAAGAAGACCCUUAUUGCGCAUGUUCCGGUGCAUCCUGUCUCGGGAAAGUCUCUCUCAAAGGGCGAUUUUGCUAUUGCUGCUGUGCCGGGGACCGGGGCGCCGAUUCUUAUGGAUUUUCGAAAUACCAUUGGCGGUUUCCGGGAUAACGGCCCGUUGCCAACAGGGCAUGCAACGGACACGCUGCAGAUCGGUCAAAAGAGUGUACUCGUCACCAUCGUGGACAUCGCCACACUGACCACAUUCGUGCGAGCAACAGACCUAGGCGUGGAGAACCUAUCGGGUCUCAGCGCGGCCGACAUCACAAAUAACCCGCAGAUUGUAGCUGUCUGUAAAGAAGUACGCGGCAAAGCAGCACAGUUACUGGGUAUGUGCCGGGACUGGGAACUUGUCGACGAGCAGUCCCUUGGUGUGCCGUCGGUUACUCUCAUUGGCCCGCCGAGUCAGGAUGGUCAUAUCACAUCCCGGUUUAUUUUAAAUAACAUGUGCCAUGAUAGCAUGGCUGGGACUAUAGCUACCUGUACAGCGGGGUGCAGUCGAAUUGAGGAAACUAUGGUAUACCAGGUGAUGGGUGCCGGAACUUUGGAGAGUGAGGUUUUUAAUAUUUCUCAUCCCCUGGGAAUCAUGCCUGUCAAAGUGGAGGCUGCCAUUCAAGGUAAGCGCUCUUCAACUAUUUCACUUGAUGCGCCGGAGUACAAUGUUCUUGCAUUUGUGCGGACGUCCCGGAGACUUAUGGAUGGGAAGGUGUACAUUCCAAGUGAAGUUUGGCAAGUUGUCUAG